AGCAGCAGCAGCAACAUGAUGCGGGUCGCCCUGCUAGUUUUGGCUCUCACAACAGUCUGCAGUGGCAUCCUCCCUGAGAUAGUGGACUCAGACUUCCAUCACAUCCUCGUGGACAAUUCCGCCCAGGGACAAACGGAGCCGGACAGCUUUGUAGAAGUGGAGCAACUGCCAGAGGAUCCGCAGCAGAAGCCCGAGGAUGCGUUUCAUCAAAGGAACAACCAGAGUGUCAGUCUCAGCCCUCAUCCCAAUGACCUUCCUCCAAGUCAUCACAAUGAAACCGCCUCUGAUAAAGUUAUUGACAAUGAAUAUGUCAACAGCUCAGUAGAACCGGAGACCAACAACGUUACCACAUCUGUCCACUCUAGUGACCUGGGGAACAAUAUCGAUCAUGGAUGCACCAGUGACGGGGACUGUGUGAAGGGAAGUUAUUGCCUUUAUGACACGCACAACUCCAAGUGUCUGCCUUGCAAAGCAAUCGAUAUGACCUGCACUAAGGAUAAUGAGUGCUGUGGUGAACAGCUGUGUGUUUGGGGUCAGUGCAGUCUAAAUGCAACAAAAGGAGAGGCUGGCAGCACAUGUCAACACCAGACUGACUGCAGCCAAGACCUCUGCUGUCUUUUCCAUAAAGCCCUGCUCUUCCCUGUCUGCUCGGCCAAGCCCAUUGAGCGUGAGCGCUGCUUUGGGGCCUCCAACCACCUGUUGCAGCUGUUGUCCUGGGACAUUCAGGACGAGGGACCUAGGAAACAUUGCCCCUGUGCAGUAGAUCUUCACUGCCAGCACCUGGGGCGAGGGUCCAUGUGCCUUAAAGGAGAGGACUCGAGUGAAGAGGACCUGACAGACAGUCUAUACUCAGAGAUAGACUAUAUCAUCUAG